UUCUUCCCCCUCUUGCCCAGUGGUGUCUCCCUUGAGCAUCAGAACACGCCCCCGUCCUCCCUGGGUAGGAGGCGCACCUCUGCUUCUUUAAACUUUGCCCAAACUUAUAGAACCGAGUUCCAAAGACCAGCUUCUCCCAGAAUCUUGCCCUUAGAGGGAUUCUACCCGUGAACGCCCUCUCGCCUCCGCCUUCUGUGGAACAGCCCACUGUACGGAAUGGGUGCUAAGAUGGCGGCUCCCAUGAGACACGACAUAGCGCAGCCAUAUUCCUCGCCUGACAACGCCACUCAUGGACCAAGUCUCCGCCGAUCCGUAACAGCGCUGUGUUCAGUGAGUAGACUACAAUCUCUCAGUCCUAAUGAUCGUGUGCAAAAUCAACAGCCCUAGAAGGUGCAGUGUCAGGGGUGAGGACAGGAAACGGAAAUCCCCCUUAGAGGCCGUUUAAGUCUUCUUGGCGCGCGACGCUAAAUGCAGUGCACGAGGUUUUAUGGCGUGAUAGUCGCUCAGGAUUUCUUGGUGUCUCUGUGGAGCCAUUGAGCCUUACCCCUUACUGGAGGCUGCAGGACCCUCUACACACAGACAGCUGUCCAGCACAGAAGGUGGGCUGAGGCCCAGGGUGAACAUGCCAGCUAAUGGGACAUCACCCCAGAGAUUCCCUGCCCUGAUUCCGGGAGAACCUGGCAGAUCUUUUGAGGGGUCCGUGUCAUUCGAGGAUGUGGCUGUGGAUUUCACCCGACAGGAGUGGCACAGACUGGACCCUGCUCAGAGGACCAUGCACAAGGAUGUGAUGCUGGAGACCUACAGCAACCUGGCAUCUGUGGGCCUCUGCGUGGCCAAACCAGAGAUGAUCUUCAAGUUGGAGCGAGGAGAAGAGCUGUGGAUAUUAGAAGAGGAAUCCUCAGGCCAUGGUUACUCAGGAUCUCUCUCACUGCUGUGUGGCAAUGGUUCUGUUGGAGAUAAUGCCCUCAGGCAUGAUAAUGACCUUCACCAUCAGAAGAUUCAAACAUUGGAUCAAAAUGUUGAAUAUAAUGGAUGCAGGAAAGCCUUCCAUGAGAAAACAGGCUUUGUUAGACGUAAAAGAACACCCAGAGGAGAUAAAAACUUUGAAUGUCAUGAAUGUGGGAAAGCUUACUGUAGGAAAUCAAACCUUGUUGAACAUCUGAGAAUACACACAGGAGAGAGACCCUAUGAAUGCAGUGAAUGUGCAAAAACCUUCAGUGCAAGAUCAUACCUCAUUGCUCAUCAGAAAACUCACACAGGGGAGAGGCCCUUUGAAUGUAAUGAAUGUGGGAAAUCUUUUGGCAGGAAGUCACAACUCAUCCUACAUACAAGAACACACACUGGAGAGAGACCCUAUGAAUGUACUGAAUGUGGGAAAACCUUUUCUGAGAAGGCAACCCUCACGAUUCAUCAGAGAACUCACACAGGGGAGAAACCCUAUGAAUGUAGUGAAUGUGGGAAAACAUUUCGUGUAAAGAUAUCCCUUACCCAACACCACAGAACUCACACAGGGGAGAAACCUUAUGAAUGUGGGGAGUGUGGGAAAAACUUCCGUGCAAAGAAAUCCCUAAAUCAGCAUCAAAGAAUUCACACAGGUGAGAAACCCUAUGAGUGUGGUGAAUGUGGGAAAUUCUUCCGAAUGAAGAUGACUCUCAAUAAUCAUCAAAGAACUCACACAGGUGAAAAGCCCUAUCAGUGUAAUGAAUGUGGGAAAUCUUUCAGGGUGCACUCAUCUCUUGGGAUCCAUCAGAGAAUUCACACAGGAGAGAAACCUUACGAAUGUAAUGAGUGUGGUAAUGCUUUCUAUGUGAAAGCACGCCUAAUUGAACAUCAGAGGAUGCAUUCAGGAGAGAAACCCUACGAAUGUAGUGAAUGUGGGAAAAUCUUCAGUAUGAAGAAAUCCCUUUGUCAACACCGGAGAACUCACACAGGAGAGAAACCUUAUGAAUGUAGUGAAUGUGGAAAUGCCUUCUAUGUGAAAGUACGCCUCAUUGAACAUCAGCGAAUUCACACAGGAGAGAGACCCUUUGAGUGUCAAGAAUGUGGGAAAGCUUUCUGCCGGAAAGCACACCUCACAGAACAUCAGAGAACUCACGUAGGCUGGUCCUGGCAUUGUACAAUGAAGAAAGCCUCUCCCUGAAGACUUCCCUCACCAUUGGAUCAAGCUCCUUGGGGCAUAUGAUCACCAGGGCACACAGUGUGCCUGUGAAAAUUUGGCACCUACAUUUGUAUCAAAAUAUGUCCUGAUCCCCUUAGGGGAUAGCUCAUUGUUUUUAUUCGGAUUUCCCUAAUUAGUGGUGUGUGAACAUCUUAUCUGUUGAUUGGCUAUUUGGGUUUUUUCUUCUGUGCAUUGACUGUUCAUGUCCUCUGCUCAUUGUUUUCAAAUGGGCUGUUCAUCUCUUGCUUUUUGGUUUAAAUGUUGUUGUUUUUUAACAUAUGAGAAUAUAAAAAUCCUUUUUUUUUCAGUCAUAUGUGUUGCAAAUAUCUUCUCCCAGACUGUCGUUGGUUUUUUAAAUUUUGUCAUCUGUUUUCUUCUGCUGAAGUUUUAUAUUUUAUUUAUUUAUUUUUUAUUUUUUUGAGAUGGAGUCUCACUCUGUGGCCCGGGCUGGAGUGCAAUGGCAUGACCUCAGCUCAUUUCAACCUUUGCCUCCCGGGUUCAAGCGAUUCUCCUGCCUCAGUCUCCCAAGCAGCUGGGAUUACAGGUGUGCACCACCAUGCCUGGCUAAUUUUUGUAUUUUUAGUAAAGACGGGGUUUCACCAUGUUGGCCAGGCUGGUCUCUAACUCCUGACCUCAGGUGAUCCACCCGCCUCGGCCUCCAAAAGUGUUGGGAUUACAGGUGUGAGCCACCGUGCCCGGCUAAAGUUUUGUAUUUUAAUAUUAUCAGUUUCAAGGUGAUAAUAUUCACCUAUACUUUCCUCUAAAGGUUUUCCUUUCAACAUUUAGAAUUUCAAUCUCCUGUGAGAUUUUUUUGUUAUAGCAUGAAGUGUGCAAUACAUACUACUAUAUUGUCUUUAUAUAAUUUUACAUAAAUGGGCUCACACUGUAUUUAAAGUUCUGCAGCUUGCUUUUUUCAUGUAAUGUUACCUUUCCAAGAUCUGUCCUUGUUGAUAAGUAUAGGUCUGGCUAGUCAUUUAUCUCUCCAUUCCCCUAGUAAAAGACAUUUGUAUCUUUUUCGAGUUUAGUGUCUAAAUCUAGAAGUGGAACUGAUGGGUCAUAGGAUUUAGGCAAUGUGCUGGUUAUUAAGCUAUUGUGUCCGAGCUCCAAACCCACCCUUCUUGACUGUGCUUUGUGACUUUACAAACCACAUUUUGGCUUUGUCAACUGCUCCCUGUUGGGCCUUGCCAAUAAGAGAUACUAGAUAUAAACUUUGGGGCUGGAGAGGGAAGAAGGGACUUGCUCCUUUUUUUUCUAUUCCUAUUAGCUUCCUGGUCAUUGGAGUGUCUGCUCAGCAUUGCUUCUUCACUCAGACACCAGCAGUUCCUUGUCAUAGCAGCAGUUUAAUCUAGUUUGCAGCUUUCCAGCACUCACAGAUGGUAGCCCAUCCCCUCUGAGACACAAGCAUCAGCUGGCUGGUGUCACCUCCUUAGAGAUGUGAAUUCUAGUCACAUGGGACCCCUCCUCCCCCUUCUAAGUUUCAGUAAUUUCAAUUUAUGGUUGGGUGCAGUGGAUCAUGCCUGUAAUCCCAACACUUUGGGAGGCCAAGGUGGGUGGAUUCCUGGAGCCCAGGAGUCAAGACCAGCCUGGGAAAUAUGGUGAAACUCUACCUCUACAAAAAAAAUUCAAAAAUCAGCUAGGCAUGGGACCACACCUGUGGUCCCAGGUACUUGGGAGUCUGAGACUGGAGGUUGAAGCUGCAGUAAGCCAUGAUUGUGCCACUGCACUCCAGCCUGGGCAACAGAGCAAGACCCUGUCUCCCAAAAAAUUGUCAACUUCUUCCCUUUGUUAUGCCAGCCCAGCUGUUUUCUUCAGUUGCUACCUCCCUGAUAACUUGAAUGUUCUCUGUCUCUUCAGUUAUUUGGUUUACAACCUCAUAACUAGUUAAAAUUAUUUAUAAGUUCUCUCUGUUAAAAUAACUAGUGUGGUUUUUGUCUCCUAGUUGGGCUCUGAUUGAUACAGAAGGUUUUUUAACUUUAUUAAGUAUUGACAUUUCCCUUCCAAAUUGUAUUAAUUUAUACUCCCAUGAGCAGUUUGAGAAAGUUUUCAUUUUGCCAUUCAGCAGCACUUAUUAUCAGUCCUUUAAAUUAUUGCCAAUCUGUAAGGUCUGAAAUGGCUUUGAGCCUUGGCUUCCAUGAAUGUGGUUUGUCUUUCUUUCUUUUGUACUUUUCUUUUCUUUUCUUUCUCUCUUUUUCUUUCUCUCUCUCUCUCUUUUCUUUUCUUUUUUAUUUUUAUUUUUUGAGAUGGAGUUUCACUCUUGUUGCCCAGGCUGGAGUGCAAUGGCAUGAUCUCGGCUCACUGCAACCUCCGCCUCCCGGGAUGGAGCAAUUCUCAUGCCUCAGCCUCCCGAGUAGCUGGGAUUACAGACACGCAUGACCACACCCAGCUAAUUUUUGUACUUUUAGUAGAGACGGGGUUUCACCAUGUUGGCCAGGCUGGUCUCAAACUCCUGACCUCAGGUGAUCUGCCCACCUCAGCCUCCCAAAGUGCUGGGAUUACAGGCGUGAGCUACUGCGCCUGGCCUAUUUAUUUAUUUGAGACAGAGUCUCACUCCAUCACCCAUGCUGGAGUGCAGUUGUGCAAUCUUGGCUCACUGCAACCUCUCCCUCCUGGUUCAAGUGAUUCUCGUACCUCAGCCUUCCGAGUAGCUGGGACUAUAGGUGCACACAACCACGACCACCUAAUUUUUGUAUUUUUAAUAGAGACAGGGUUUUCCUAUGUUGGCCAGGCUGGUCUCGAACUCCUGACCUCAAGUGAUCCGCCUGCCUCGGCUUCCCAAAGUGUUGGGAUUGCAGGAGUGAGCCACUGCACCUGGCCUGUCUUUAUUUUUUAACUCAUCUUUCCUAUCCUUCAAUAGUAUUUUGUGGUUUUCUCCAAGAAAUUGUCUAUGAAAGUUAAUUUUUUAAUAGCACUUCUGCAUUUAUACAGGUAUACAUAUAUAUAUUUCAAAAUAUAAUGAUGUGGGGUUUAUAUAUAUACUUACAUAUAAUAUUUGUGUCUCUCUCUCAUACACAGACACAUCUCCCCACACAACAUUUUUGUUUGAUGUGGGCAGUUUUAAUUUCAUUUUACCCAAAUAUUUACCACCUUGAUUGCACUUCAUUACUUUCUGCGUUUCAUCCAGGAUCAUUUUCUUCUUUGCCUGAAAAAUACUCCAUAGAGUAUCCUUUAGUAAGAGUCUGUUGCUGGUGAGCCUCUCAGUUUUGUCUAAAAAUGUUUUUCAUUGUACCUUUUGUCACUGGCUGGGGCCGGCAUCGCGGGUGGUAAAAGAAUUUACCAAGACAGUCAUGAAUUAAAGAAACCAAGUCUAUUAGAGGGAAAGUAAGUUGCAAGGAGGCAAUGGGCAGCACAGCAGAGAAAGGGGCUGUCUGCAAAGAGGCAAGAGCUGGAGGGAAGUUGUAUAGGGUUGUGCUGGAGGGACUGUGUGAGGAAUGAGUUUGUGCUGCUGGGGCUUUGCACAGAACAAGGUAUUUGGGAACAGGUUGUUGUGCCAGCAGGUUGUUUGUGAUUAGUUGUCUCUCAGAACAAUGGUUCUUCCCCACCUUCUUGCUUAUUUAUCUCAUCGGGACUCCACACCUUUUUUUUACAAGUAAAAGUGAAUCGUUUACCUUAAAUAUUUGGUAGCACUAUGUCACAGUAAACUGAUAAAAAAUUAAGUACUUGACUGGGCACAGUGGCUCACACCUGUAAUCCCAGCACUUUGGGAGGCCAAGGCGGGUGGAUCACUUGAGAUCAGGAGUUUGAGACCAGCCUGGCCACCAUGGUAAAACCCCGUCUCUAGUAAAAAUUAGCUGGGUUUGGUGGUGCAUGCCUGUAAUCCCAGCUACUCGGGAGGCUGAGGCAGGAGGAUCACUCGAACCCGGGAGGCGGAGGUUGCAGUGAGCUGGGAUGGUGCCACUGCACUCCAACCUGGGCGACACAGCAAGACUCCAUCUCAAAAAAAAAUUUAAAAAUUAAGUACUUUUUUACUUUUUUCCUGAGUGUCCUUUAAUGAUUAUUGUGAUCCAAGGUAUUUGAAUUACUCAUCAGAUACCCCACAAUACAGCAUAUAUUUGAAUAUAUAUGAAAUACACUUUGUGUUUUCUGUGCAGUAUGCCCUCACUCUACUAAGUAUUAAGUAUAUCAAGAUGCCAUUUCAUCAAUACUUCCGAUCUGUAGCUCAC